AAAACUGCCCUGCAAACCUGUCAUUUAUAUUGAAAAGGUUGCUUUUCCUGACUUUGGAUGUAGGGUUUCGAAGUAAUGGCUCUGUGGCUUAUUCUAGUUUCACUGGCUUUGGCCUGUGGAGAUGAAUCAUUUCCCACUGAAGACGUUAUAUUACAGAAACCCAGUAUCACUAAAUGUCGAUCUCCGGAAAUGGAAACAUUUACGUGUCAGUGGACUUAUGGAGAUUUCCACAAUUUAUCAUCACCAGGCCUACUGAAACUUAUCUAUAUGAAAAACGAGGAGUUAGACUGGGUGGACUGUCCCGAUAAUGUAACUGCUGGGGAGAAUAGCUGCUAUUUUGAUAAGGCGCACACGUCUACUUGGUGGCCGUAUAGAAUUCACCUUAUAAGCGAGGAUGUGCUGUUUGACAAGGUACACUUCUCGGUUGAAGACAUUGUGAUACCCGACCCUCCAGUUGACCUGAAUUGGACUCUUUUGAGCAUCAGUGACACAUUACUUCGCGUGGACUUAAAGUUAAAAUGGAGUCCACCUCCGUCAGCAGAUGUUAAAAGUGGGUGGAUUAAACUGGAAUAUGAGGUUCACUACCAAGAACUUAAUAGUACCAAAUGGAUAGUUGUGGAUUCAUUGACUACUACAACCACCCCAUUGUAUGCUUUAAGAAUUGGGAUAGAACAUUUGGUAAAAAUUCGAGCUAGGCAAACAAUGAACAAACAAUAUGGAGAUUUCAGUGAUGUCUUAUAUAUACCAGCUGUCACGGUGCCUGAACCUACGAUUCCAUGGAUGGCUUUAGUUAUUACUGGAUUGUGCAUAGUGUUGGUCAUUUUGAUUUUCAUCAUAAUCUUCAAAAAGAAAAGGUUGAAGAUCUUGAUUCUUCCCCCGGUUCCAGUUCCAAAGAUAAAGGGAAUUGACCCUGACCUACUACAGAUAUGUAUUGCUUUUCAGAAAGGAAAACUGGAUGAAGUAAACUUUAUACUGUCUAGACAUGAAGAUAGUUAUAAACAAGAAUUGUGCAAUGAAGACCCCUGGGUUGAAUUUAUUGAGCUUGAUUUGGAAGAUCCAGAUGACAAGACUGAAGGCUCUGACACCGACAGACUUCUUGGAGAAGAACAUUUGAAUUCUCACAGUUGCUUGGGUGUUAAGGAUGAUGACUCUGGACGGGCCAGUUGUUGCGAGCCCGAUAUUCCUGAUACGGACUUCAGUAACAGUGACACGUGUGAUGGUAUUUCAGAUACCGGGCAUCCCCAAACCACAAAAGAAAAUGAAGAAGAUCUAUUGUGCCUUAAUGAAAAAUCAAACAUUGGGUCACCAAUCAAUGUGCCAAAUACAGAAGACCUAAACAGAAAUCCUGAAGACAAGAUGUGGCCUUUACUUGUUAGUAGAAAUGAAUCAAUGAACCUGCCAUCCUCCACCCAAAUUAAGACAAAGUCUGGCUUGAACUUCUAUGCGCUAGUUAGUGACAUAACUCCAGCUGGAAGACUCCUCCUUUCACCAGGGCAGAGACUGAAGACCGAGAAUGAGGAAUGCCAUGAACCAGCCAAUCUGCAUCCACCAAAUCGGAAUGAGGAGAAUGCUUACAUUUGUGAAUCUGCCAUAGCAGCAUUUUGUGCUGUAAAUAUACCCUCAACAAGAGAAAGUGAACCGAGUGUGCAGCAAAAUUGCAAUGAUAGCUACUUCACCACAGAAAGCCUUAAUAUUGGUGCCAUGAAUUUUUGCCCUGCAGACAAGCCUCCAAGCUCUCCUGCAGAUGAAUCUUCAAACUAUGAGACACCUGUCCCAGACUAUACCUCUGUUCACAUAAUAAACUCUCCUCAAAGCCUUGUGCUCAACACUACAAUGCUGCCAGACAAAGCUUGUCUUGCACCAUGUGGCUAUAUGUCCACUGACCAAGUAAAAAAAGCAAUGCCGUAGUUGGAUUUUUCCUGCAUUGGUAUUAUAAGACAUAAGCUUGUAUGUUUAAACCAAAACAUUGUCUACAAGUGUUUUGUGGGUGUCUAUGUAAAGCUUAAGCGAAUACACUAAAUGUAACAUGCCAAAAUGUUUAGCAAACAUUUUUCUAUGCCAUAGAAUGUUAGUGUAGAUUGUCCUUUCUUAACAUUAAGAUAUCCAGUUUGUGACACUAAGCAUUGCUUAACGCGUUUAGUGAAAUGGGUUUACAUUAGAUUGAAAACAUAAUGAUUGUAUUUGUGGGAAAUCAUAAGAAAAAUAUUUCAACAGGGAGUAAUUGAAACUGAUUUUGAAAGGGAAAGCCAAGGUAAGUUUGAAUGAUAUGAACUAAGAGGUAAUAUAAUUUAGUAAUAUUAGGGUUAAUGCAUGAACUUUGAAAUUAAAUGGUAUAUUGUACAGGUUUAUCACUCAGUAAUUUGUAUAAUUGCUGCAAUUUUAUAUUGGCUGGCUUCUGUUUAACAAAUCACCAAAAACCAAAAUAAAUAUGUUUUCUAGAGAACAGUUUUAUAAAUCCACAGGUGUAUCUCUGUUACUGCAUAGAAAAUGUUUGCAGUAAUUGUUUACACAGUCACAAUCUAUAUUCGAAGGCAGAUAUAUACAAUAUUUUGAUAGAAUUAUUGAAUAUAUUCACGAUAUUUGCUUUGUAUUGAAACAAUGUCAUAAUGCUUUUAUGUUGUAACUUGGCUGGUUUAUUUUGUCCAGUUACCGACCUAACUGUGAAUUAUUAUUCUUUUUCCUGCAAGGUUUAUUUCUAUCCGACAAAGCUAUAUUCUACAUAAAUAUAUUUGUAUUACAUUUGUAAUAGUUCUGUACCAUCGCCAUUUUACAGGGGAGAUCAAAGCCGUGGGUAAAUAUCGCUCUCUAUGUA